GUGGCGGCGGCGGCGGGCGGGGCCCGGGCGGCAGCGUGAGGGGGGCCGCAGCCGGCACGGCCGGGCCGAGCCACAGAUUCCGCCCGUCUCCCAAGGCCGGGGCUCGAACCCUGCCCGCUGCAGCCCCGGCGCCCCCCUCUCUUCCCAGCCAUGCUCCGGGCGGGAUGAAGCUGGAAGCCGUGGUCGAGCAGCUGCAGAAGCAGCAGCAGAAGCAGCAAAGCCCUCUGCAGAUGGAUUCCAGGGAGCGGCAGCAGAGGCAGCUGCGGGAGGCCCAGCUGCUCUACACGCAGCAGCUGGCGGUGCAGCAGGCAGUGCUGGCAGCCGCGGCCGGCCGGCCUUCGGGCGGCUCCAGCGGGGGUUCCCUGGGCAGAAGCCCGGCCGCCGCCGGGGCCGCGCGGGCUUUCGACGAGAGCAGCAUGAAUUCGGAGCCGGAAGAAGAGGAGGAGGAGGACGAGGAAGAGGAGGAAGACGAGGAGGAGGAGGAAGGCGGGUUGGAAGGCGGAGAUCUGGAGGACGGCGCCGAUGUGACUGGGAAGGAGCCGUGCUCCGCUCUGAAAUACUUCCACGCUCCCAAAGCCGCCCAGCACAACCAAAGAGUGGCCUCGACCUCCAACCCUCCUCCGGCCGCGGGGCACCCGCGGGGACAGCAGGGCAGAGAAGAACAGGGUAAAGACACUGCCAAGCAGCCCUACUCCGGCUCCCCGGCCGCACGCUGGAGGUUGGACGAGCAGCUCAAGCAGAACGGCAGCGUGACCUGGAGCGAUGAAGGUGACGGCUGCCGAGGAAGAGAAAUUUCACGAGACUUUGCCAAGCUUUAUGAACUGGAUAGCGACCCUGAACGGAAGGAAUUCCUGGACGACCUCUUCAUCUUCAUGCAGAAGAGGGGAACUCCCAUCAAUCGGAUCCCCAUCAUGGCAAAGCAGAUCCUGGACCUCUACAUGCUCUACAAACUGGUGACCGAGAAAGGAGGGCUGGUGGAAAUCAUCAACAAGAAGAUCUGGCGGGAGAUCACCAAAGGCCUUAACCUGCCCACCUCCAUCACCAGUGCCGCGUUCACGCUUCGAACCCAGUAUAUGAAGUACCUGUACGCCUACGAGUGCGAGAAGAAGUCCCUCAGCUCUCCCGCCGAGCUUCAGGCUGCGAUCGACGGCAACAGGCGGGAAGGCAGGCGGCCCAGCUACAGCUCCUCCUUGUUCAGCUACUCGCCCACCGCCACGGGGCCUCCUUCCCUCCUGUCUCCCCCAAAGAUCCGCUUCCCGAUCAUCGGCGUCGCGCCCGGCAGCGGGACCAGCAAUCCUCGCGUGUCUCCAGCAGCAGCAGUCAGAAAAGGCGACGGAGUGCCCUUGACUGUGUCUAUGCCAAAUCGCAUCGCCGUGCCGGUGACCUUGGCGAGCCAGCAGGCGACGGUGGCAGCGAGAACGGCCACCCUGGAGCAGCUGAGGGAGCGGCUGGAGUCCGGGGAGCCGCCGGAGAAGAAGGUCUCGCGGAUGACGGAGGAGGAGCAGCGGCUCGUCCAGCAGGCUCUGCAGCGCAACCUCUUCAGCAUGGCGCGGCAAAUCCCCAUGAAAAUCAAAAUCAAUGGCAAGGAAGAUAAACCGGACUCGGCGGCGGCGGCAGCGCUGAACCUGUCACCUAACGGCAUUGGGAGCAUCAACAUGUCGGUGGAGAUUAACGGCACGAUUUAUGCUGGAGUGCUCUUUGCCCAGAAGCCAGUCGUCCAUCUCAUCGCAGGCUCCAGCACGCAGAGCUCCUGCAGCAGCAGCAGCAGCAGCUCCCACUGCUCUGCCAGCCCUACCUCAUCGCGGGGAACGCCCGGCGCGGAGCCCUCCACCAGCUGGUCUCUCUGACGGCCGGCCGCGCUCGCUGUCUCACACUGGCCCCUGGCAGCUCUCCCUCUCUGCUCGCGGCGGGGAGCGCGCCGGGAAGGAGUCGCACACGUUACCUCAUCUCAAGGAACCUGCUUUGCGGCUGGCCGACGGCAAGAUGAUGAUGCUGAAACCUUUCCGCGCCAGCGAGUUGUUCUUCAUCGUCCGUUUGUCCAGCCUUUUCCUCCCUUCUCCCCUUUCUUCCUCCCUUUCUCUUCCGUUUUCUUCCUCCUCCUCCUCCUCCUCCUCUUCCUCCCGGGGUUGGCCAUGUUCCUGCUGGGGGUGGGACGUGGAGAGGGGGCACCCCUGGCGUUUUUCAAUCAGGGAUCGUCUCUAGGAGCGGCGGGCCGAGAGAUGGCAGAGACGUCACCAAGGCAGGUGGAAGGAGCCAGGGCCGGGGCAGGGCUGCGGGGUUCUCCUUGAGCCAGCAGCCACGCGGGCUCUUCCCACAAACCAACCCCGUGUGUUGACAAUCCGAACGGCCGGCAGGCUGCCUUGCCCCUCUCCUGCCGGGCUCACAGCUGCCGAGCAGGCGAGCUGCCUCGCUUUUCUUCAGGCUCUGCCAUGCUCUGGUCCUCCCCUCGGGCCCACAGUUCUUGCUUGCGGAGUCCCGAGAGACUUGAUGAACCUCCUUCCCCCCUCUCGGAGGUCUUGGCCGCAGGGGAAGGACCCCCAGACACAGAAAAGCCCCCUCUCGCUCAGCUGCUUCGUUCUCCUGGCUGGUGCUGGCCCGUUCCCUGCUGUCGUUGCCUUUUUCAGGCUUUCAGCCAAGUUCCAAAUGCCCUCGACCUUGUCCCUCUGCCCUUGGGGAACUCAUCCCGCUGACAUUUCCCCUGAACUUGUUUUCUCUUGGGUUUGAUCCUCUGCCCCAUUUGACACAAGACCCGGUGGCUCCGCGAGCUCAGCCCCUGCUGGCGUGGCCUCGCUGUGUCCCCUCUCGUCCUGCCGCCCCGCACACGUCCUCCCCCGCCUGGAGGUCAGAUCCCAGCUCCCUCCCUCCUGCCCUGGUGACGUCCUUUCCAUCCUCCGGGCCCGAGUCAGGUUUUUUGAGCAGAUGAAAUACCUCAGAUAUGUACUUGUUGUUGGGUGUUGUUUUUUUUUGUUUGUUUGUUUUGGGUUGUUUUUUUUUUUAACCUCUUCAGGAAGUAUUGGCAUAUCUUAUCGCUUGAUUUUUUAUAUAUAUAUAUAUAUGUGGUUUUGCUGACGUUGUGUUUAUUUUUUUUUAUUUUUAAUUGUAGCACCAAAGACAGAAAAAAAAAAAAAAAGCUGAGUGAAGGAGCAGCAGUUUCCCCAUCCUUUAGGCUAGCCAGGAGACACACCGAGCACCACCAUCCCAGGACAUGUGCACGACAGGACAGGUAGAGGUAGGAACAGAGGGCAAGGGCGACAGCUGAGUUAGAGGAGCCAUCCUUCGCCUCGGACAGGAGGCUGUCUCCAGAGGCCCUGUUGGAUUUCUCCAUCAUUUCUCCAUCCCCUGUCUGCCUGCCCGUCCUCAGGGCAGAGCAGCAGUGAGCCCACAGCAGCGAUCGGUGGUGUUCUCCUUGUGCAGAGCCCUGGUGCAGGGGUGGCCCCAUCCCUUGGGCAAGGCUGCACGACCACAGGCAGGAGCUCCCGCUCGCAGCGGCCCCGCUCCCUGGCUGUCAGUUUAUGUGACUCGAGUUACCUGCAGCGGGAGGGAGCGACAGGAAGGCGCAUGUCCUGGGAUGGUUCUGCUCCACGAUGGCCCACCUCCGCCUGCCUCCAGUGGGGAGGCAGAGCUGCUCCUUGGCCGCGCACCUCCGAGGCAUUUCAUUGUCUCCACUCAGAGGAUUUUCCAGACUCCGACUCAUUCAGACUGUUCUGUUUUUAUUUUUUCCUUUUUUUUUUUUUCUUUUGGUUAGUUGUUUUUUUUUGGAGAUGGGGGGUGGGUUUGGGGGCUGUUUCCUAAGAGUGGGACUGGGGGACUUUUGGCUUUUCCUUAUGCUUUCUUCUCUGGUCCUGGGGAGCAGAGGUUAGUAAUGGGUGUUUUUGCUUAUGUAUCACCUGCUAACAUUGUGUUUUCUUGCACAGAAAGGCACUCGAAUCACUGAACUGCUAAACGGCUUCGACACUACUAGAGUAUUAAUGUUUAUAAGCUUUACACAACUAGACUGGAAAUAGACAGGGACUAACAGAUUGUUUUGUAUCCGAUUCAGGGAAAGCAACAAGUCGGGAUGCGUAACAGAUACCUCAGUAAAAUAAGCUGCAACCAUACCCGGUCCUCCGUCGCCCCGAUGACGAGGACCACUCAGACUGUGAAGAGGACCCCUUCCCCUGGCCUGGCUUUGAUCCCGGUGCCCGGGUCUCCUACUGAGCUGCCAGGCCGCGGGGACAGGGGCAGAGAAACCAGCAGCAGCGAGGGGGUGGAGGAGCGGGGGGCCGGGGGGGAGGCCGGCUGCGAUUCAUUUCACUCGAGCGCGUGUUGGAUUGUAAUUAGUACUCAGGGGUUUUGGCACUGCGGGCUCGGGUCCGUUCCUGCCCGGCAGUGCGUCUGCUUCUCUUCGAGCUCCGGACCAGCGAAGGUUUCACAGCGAGCAGCCAAAAAUUUAAUAAAAAAGAAAUUUAGGAGAAAAAAAAAAAGUCAAAGAAAAAGCCCCCAGCUGCUAAGGGAGCAGGUGGGGAUGAAACCAAGCUGCUCGCCCUCCAGCCUGCUGCGGGGAGGCGAGGGCAGAGGCUCGGGGCCGGGGGGGCUACGUGGGGGCGUUCACACCGCGUCCCUCCGCGGAGUCAGACCGGAUUGUGCUCACCAAACAGCUGCAGCAGCCUUGCUACUCGUUUUCUUACCUAUUUAAAAGAAAGAAAAUUAAAAAAAAAAUAAAAAAAAAUAAAAAAAAAAGCAAUGUGAUAGCCUAGGCGGUGGAUAAAUACCUCAAGGUCUCCUUCCAACAAGUGUCUGUAUAUGUUGUUGUUGGGUUUUUUCUAUCUUACACGUUCUCUGAAUGUUUAUAUUCCAAUAAACUUCUACCUCUUCACACCGGGA